UUAUCAACCAACCCGCUAUUACGUAACAAAAUGUUAAGAUCUCUGUUUUGAAUGAGUCAACAUUUCUAAUAUAGCAUCCAUUCUUUUAACAUUUUCGCUGACAGAAUGGAAAAAUGUAACAACUCGUGCCUUAUUUAUGAAACUAAUGCCCGGAGAGAACGCGAGAACAAAACCGCAGUCGGGCGAUAAAAGGAUUUAUCUCGCGUUUUUUUUUUUUUUCUAAGAUAAGAUAAAGGUAAAGUCAACAGUACGCGUAACGACCCGAAACGUUUCAAUCGAAAAUUAGUUCUAGUGUUGUAAACGUACCGGUAGCAGUACCAUUGCUAUUCGACACGACGCGAUAUAUUGUUGCGCAAAAAGUUUUUUGAAUUAGUAGGCGAUUAUCCAGAUCCAUUAAAAAUCAGCUUCAAACAUUUACCACACAACCUACGAUCGGGCCUGCCUUUCCUCACUCAUGAUCCCGAACCAGAAACCCACCCGACAAUCUCAGAAACCCAAAACAUGAGACCGUAUCGGAAAAGACCUUUCGCUUGUCUUCUGAACAACGACAACAAUAGCGAAGAUUCCGAUAUACAUCAGGCCGCAAUUGAAAAUGGCGAACAAGUGGAAAAGGAACUUGAAGUCAAAAGCAAAAAGACUUGGAAAAGGAAGAUAUCGAGGAAAUUAUACCGGCAUCACAAUAUCAAACUAUUUACACCAAAUGAAUAUCGUAUUCCAUCGUUUUUGAAACAAAUCGAGUCCGGCCCCAUAAAACAGCCAGUAGUAGUGCCCGAGCCUUUGGAAGCAGUAGUGCCGGUUUCAAAUGAAUCGAUCACCGAAGAUAUCGUUAAUACUUUGGCGGGACAAAAACAGCCUGUAAAUGGGUCUAGAAUAGAUUAUUUAGAAGAGAACAAUAAUAAUAUUCAGAAUGUUAAUAACAAUCUUGUUGGGAAACAUCAUUUGCCAGCUAUAGUACUCCCAGCGACCACUCCUCGAAGAGAAAGUAUGGAAAUCAAACCACUACCGAAAAAUCCCGAUGAGACAAACGAAGUCACAAGGACAAUUUCCGAUAUAGUCAUAAGCACGACUACUGACAUAGUCCCAAGGACAACCGCCGACAUAGCCACAUCAAGAACGACCUCAGACAUAGUUACACCAAGGAUGACUGCAGACAUGCCAGUAUUACAAACCGAAACCCAUCCUCAGUCCAAUUCACCAGAGCCCGAAAAUGUCAUCGAGCUACAACAUCAAGAACCAGCAGAAGAAGAUCAACACCUUGAACAAAUUGAAAAUGAAGCUACUGAUGAUGAAGAACAAACAGCCAUUGAUGUACUCGAACUCAAUUAUUCACCGGAACCUGAAAGUCCUAUUUCAGAAAUUCCAAUUGACUUAAGCCAAAAAAGCAACUCAAAACCAAAAAAUGUUCCAAAAAUGCCUCAGCCCAGUUUGAAUACAAUUCAAGAUCAAAUGAAACUACUAUUACCUCAAAGCACAAUUGACCGUAUCCAAAACAACUACGAUUGUUUACGUAAAUAUCUAAGUAGACGACCUUUUAAAUUCGACGUUGACGAAUUGACCUAUAUAUCAGGAGUUUAUCUGGACUUGGAACAUUUAAAAGACGAAUUACCUGAAAAAUUUCAACCAGACCUGAUGCAAAUGCUCGCAAAAACAAUAAAUUUUAUCGACGAAAAUCUUAAAAGGCUCGACCCUGAAAUAGAAACACUAAAUGUCAUUGGGUAUUUAGGCCAACCUGAAGUAACCUCUACCAGAGCCAUCAUGGGAGCCACCCUCAACAAAAUAAUUCAAAAACAACAAUGCAAACCUAAUGCAACUUUUUCAUUCGACAUACUCGAUCCGAAUGGUAUGCUACCGAGAAAACUUGCAGAACUACAAAAUCUAAGAUUGCGGUCGGGCAAUGAUAAGCCUCCGCCUCCCUAUUCGGCCAAAACUCAGGCAAAAAGGCCUCGGUGCAAGAGUCACAGAGAAAAUGCCGAGAAACAAAUGGAAGAAUUAAGGAGGGCGGCGCUUUUCGGUUCCACAACUCCCUCGAAUGAAAAUUUGGUGAGGCCUCAAGCUCAAGUAUUAGCGAAAUUGCUUCAAAAAUUGUUACAUGGAAAUGUGCCUGAAUUGAAUCAGAAUCAACAAUUGAUUAAUCAGACAUUAGCCCACCAGGGACCUUCGUCUGACAAUGAAAAUCAGAGACCUUUAUUGGUGAAAGAAUUGAUUAAUCAGACAUUAGAACGUCAGGGGCCCUUAUCUCAGGAUAAAAAUCUAUUGGUGAAUAAUCAACCUGCACAUCAGGAGCCCUUAUCUCACAAUAACAUUCAGAGAUCUUUAUUGGGCAAUAAUUACUCAACAUUACCAAAUCAAGAGCCUCUAUCUCACAAAAAACUGAUGGCUGAAAAUGAAAGGCUUUUGAAUAAUUUACCUGAAGUGAGUUAUCAAACAUUGCCAAUUCAGGGGCCUCUAUCUCAAAAAGAAAUUGCUGAAAAUCAAAGGCUUCGAUUGCCUCAAUUGAGCAAUCAAGGUGAAAAUCAAAGGCCUUUAUUGGUGAAUAACUUUUCUCAAUUAACACAUCAGCAGGGGCCCUUUUCUCAAAAUGGAUCCAUUGAUGAAAAUCAUCAGAGGCCAAAUAAUUGCCUGGGUAAUCAAACCUUACAACAUCAGGGGCCUUUAUCCCAAAACGAAUUGUCAAUUGAAAAUGAAAGGCUUUUGUUACUAAAUAAUUUGUAUAAGUCGAACAAUCAUACAUCAUCCCAAGAGGGAGCCUUAUCCCAGGAUAAAAAUCAGAGGCCUUUAUUGGUGAAUAAUUCUUCUCAAUUGAGAUUAGCACAUCAGCCCUUUUCUCAAAAUGGAUCGAUUGCUGAAAAUCAUCAGAGGACAAAUAAUUUGCCUAAAUCAAUUCAUCAAAAUCAGCAGGGGCCCUUUUCUCAAAAUGAAUCGAUUGCUAAAAAUCAUCAGAGGCCAAAUAAUUUGCCUAAAUCAAUUCAUCAAAAUCAGCAGGGGCCCUUUUCUCAAAAUGAAUCGAUUGCUAAAAAUCAUCAGAGGCCAAAUAAUUUGCCUAAAUCAAUUCAUCAAAAUCAGCAGGGGCCCUUUUCUCAAAAUGAAUCGAUUGCUGAAAAUCAUCAGAGGCCAAAUAAUUUGCCUAAAUCAAUUCAUCAAAAUCAGCAGGGGCCCUUUUCUCAAAAUGAAUCGAUUGCUGAAAAUCAUCAGAGGCCAAAUAAUUUGCCUAAAUCAAUUCAUCAAAAUCAGCAGGGGCCCUUUUCUCAAAAUGAAUCGAUUGCUGAAAAUCAUCAGAGGCCAAAUAAUUUGCCUAAAUCAAUUCAUCAAAAUCAGCAGGGGCCCUUUUCUCAAAAUGAAUCGAUUGCUAAAAAUCAUCAGAGGCCAAAUAAUUUGCCUAAAUCAAUUCAUCAAAAUCAGCAGGGGCCCUUUUCUCAAAAUGAAUCGAUUGCUGAAAAUCAUCAGAGGCCAAAUAAUUUGCCUAAAUCAAUUCAUCAAAAUCAGCAGGGGCCCUUUUCUCAAAAUGAAUCGAUUGCUGAAAAUCAUCAGAGGCCAAAUAAUUUGCCUAAAUCAAUUCAUCAAAAUCAGCAGGGGCCCUUUUCUCAAAAUGGAUCGAUUGCUGAAAAUCAGAGACCAAAUAAUUUACCUCAAUCACAUAAUCAAACCCUACAUCAGAGACCUUUAUCUCAAAAUGCAUUGACAAAUGAAAAUCAAAGGCUUUUAUUAUUAAAUAAUUUGUAUAAAUCGAGUAAUCAUCCAACACUACCACAGCAGGGGUCUCUAUCUCAAAAUGGAAUAAUGAUUGAAAAUCAGAGACAUAUGAUGCCAAAUAGUUUGCCUCAAAUAAAUAAUCAAGAAUUAACUGAAAAUCAAAGGCUUUUAUCUCUAUAUAAUUAUAACCAAAUAUUACCGCAUAAUGGAUUAAUGGCUAGAAAUGCAAUUCAUCAAAUGCCUCCAACAAUACAAGAAAUUCCUCAAAACAAACCAACCAAAACCACACAACGCACCUAUGCCCGUGCAAGACCUCAAACGAAAAAGCAAACAUUAAAAAAUCAAAGAGCUGCUCAAAUUUAUCACAUCGAAUCAAAUGAACAACCUCCUCAAACAUACAAUGGAUCAAAUGCCAGAAACAAACAAGCAACUAAUAUUUCUCAAACAUUAAUAAGUCCCCACGAAUUAAAUCAAAUGAGUACAUUAUCACAAGAUCAAAUCCCCUAUCCAAUUCCUUCCAAUGCACCUAUGCCUACAAUAAAUCCUGCACUCUUUCCAGGACCUAUGCCUACUCCAAGUCCUCUGAUCCCUCCAUACUACGGCCCAAACAUGCCUUAUUAUUGUCCACCAAUAUACAUACCCGAUACGAUCCAUUCAAUGGUGAGGCCUCCACCUCAUUUGAUGCCAACAACGCAAGAGAGCUCGACACUUUUAGCUCAAGCCUUGCAAAAAAAAACUCCUGAGAAUGCAACUGUUGUGGUUCCAGUGGAUACAAAUACCACGCUUCAAAAAGAAGUCAGUCCGAUACAAGUUCCUGUGGUUGUUUCGACUCCGGACACUUCCAAGAAAAUUACAAAGGAACCUACUACUACUAGAGUGCCGUCCAAUGAUGACAAUAAUAAAACACAAUUAGAAUCGCCAAAGGCCAGUGAUCAGCCCCGAACGACGGUCAUAAAGAGUUCCAAUGAAACGACGAUUGCAGACGAUAUCAAACAAGAAAAGGACGAAUUUGAAGGAAUAAUCGACAAAAUAAAAACCAACGACAAGCUGAAAGAGAAAAUUUUCAAUUUAAUAAAGUGCAUACCCAAAAACCCGUUGCCCGAUUUAAUCGAAAUCAGCGAUAGUGAGGAUGAUGAGCAUUGUGAGGCUAAAAGCCCAAUCAAAAGUGAAUCACCAAAAAAAUUAACAUUAUCAGACUAUCCUGUGAGAAUAUCUGUACCUUAUAGUCCAGAAAUUGAGCCAAUUUCUCCUGUAAACAACAACAACUCAUUCACUUAUCCAAAACAAAUAACUUUUGGAGAUCUACAAGCCAACUGUAACAAUAAAUCAAACCACAAUAAUAAUAAUAACAAUAUAGAAGACCUAAUUCCUAAUGGUAAGCUACGUUACAUGCCUGAACAACAUGCUUUUUUACGCUAUCACGAUCAUGCUCAGGCUGAAAUGUUUCUGAAAAGCUUAGAAAACGACCAGGAAUUUUUAACUCAAACAGACCUAAGUGCAAUCAAAAAAGCCUACAAAAAUAUAUUGGAUACAGGUUUGAACAAAUCAAAGCAAACCGAACUGAUUACUUUGCCCGAACAUGUAGAAUUCACCAAAAUGGAAUGUCUGGAAGAUGUUGAAAAAUAUAUUUCAGAGAGGCAAUUGGUUGAUGUUUUUGUGCCGUGUGAUUUUGCCAGGUUUUACGCCUAUGUAACUGGGUUUCAGAUUUACAACAAAAAUCCUCCUAUUUCGUUGAGGACUUUUUUGACUAUGUACAACACCAAUGGGCUGAUGGAGUUGAUGAGGAAGUAUUUGAUUGAAAAGGGGUGCGGAUAUAAUAACUUGGAUGUUAGUUCUAUUAUGCCUAUACUUAAUAAAAAGUAUUAAAUGUUUAUUUUCUAGGUUUUAGUUUGUAGAUUUUAAUGUUUUGCGACUGUUUUUCGUUUUUUUUUUUUACUUUUUUAAUAAAUUGACUAAUUACCUGUGUGUUUUGUUUGAUUUUUUUCUUUUUGAAUCAUUUCAGAUUAUACAGGAGAGGCGAUUUUCCUCAGUUUAUCCUUCAAUAAUGCGAAAGUAUUUUCUUGAAUUUUUCCAGGGACAUUUUUCGUUUUAAGUUGU